AUGUUUGGUCCAAGUCCUGCCUCUGUCACCUGGAUUGGGUGGACACAGGAUAGUGUAAACUGCCGCUGCGGCCCCCUCAUCUCGCCCCGGGCGGGCUGGCCGCAAGCAGCCUCGACCAGGAGCCUGGGCACCAGCGCGCUGCUCUUCUCGGCCCGCAAAUUCACAGACAAGCAUGAGUGGAUAUCAGUUGAAAAUGGUAUUGGGACUGUAGGAAUCAGCAAUUUUGCACAGGAAGCAUUAGGAGACAUCGUUUAUUGUAGUCUUCCAGAAAUUGGGACAAAGUUGAACAAACAGGAUGAGUUUGGUGCUCUGGAAAGUGUGAAGGCUGCUAGUGAACUCUAUUCUCCUCUCACGGGAGAAGUAACUGAAAUUAACGCCACCCUUGCAGAUAAUCCAGGACUCGUCAAUAAAUCUUGUUAUGAAGAUGGUUGGCUUAUCAAGAUGACUGUGGACAACCCUUCAGAACUUAAUGAACUGAUGAAUGAGGACGCAUAUGAGAAAUUUAUAAAAUCCAUUGAGGACUGACCUGGAAUGCUAAAAUAAACCACUACAAAACACUUA